AGAGGCGUGCGUCGGAAGCCAAGACGCGAGCGACGAGCGAGCCCUAGCUUUUUCUCUGCCGCUGCCAACAUCGCCGGCCAAGCCGCUGCUGCAAGGCGCCACCUCCCGCUGCCGUUGUCGCAGGCCAAGCCGUUGAUUUAAUCGACCAUGGCAUCUGAAGAGUUAGACAGAAACUUUUCAGAGCUACAUGUUACAAGAGAUUCUGAUUGCAAUGGGAAGAGCAAGAUAUUAGAGAACCAAGCAGUGGAUGGUGAUUUUCAGAUAACUUGUUUUACAGAGGAUCUGCAUGAUGUGACACUUCAUUUUCAGAUCAUAAGACUUGCAAAACAGAUAUUUGUAUGGAUUGGAUGCAAUACUGCUAAGUUUGGUCACCUGUAUGCUGCUGCAAUCACUAGACCGAAUGAUCAAGUUGCUGUUACUUCAAUACUAGGAGGCACUUCUGACAAUACUGGAUCAGGCAUUGCUCGUCGAUUAGUUCUGAAGACUGGCCUUAAUAUCAUUGUGGCAUGCAAUAUACCCAAAGACAGCCCCAUGCUUGAGGCAACUGCGGAGAGAAAACUGGCCGAAAAAUUGAGGAGUUUGGGUUAUAUCAGACCGAAGCCUGGAGGGAUGUCCCUGGAUUAAGCGGAAUACUGAUGCAUUAAAGGAAGAUAGUUUGAUCGAUAAAUAAGCAUUCUUCUUGAACUAGCGUAAAUAUGGCCUGUGGUUUCGAAGCUCCAAUUCUUCAUCAGAUAAGGAAAAAAGAAAUGCCUUUCCGUGUAAGAAUCAAUGAUAAUUUUGUGAAUCGCGCAGCCAACUGUUUAUGCCUUGGUAGUUACAAGCUGGACUCGAUUCCUCACUUUUGAUUCAUGUGGCAACCUCACUCGUUCACCAACCGAGAAUCGUGUGCUUUCUAGUAGGUAUUCUUACUGAACUUGCGUGCACUGUAAUGCUUUUCAUCACACUCAUGUUGCACUUUUCCAUAAUUUGUUGUGGUUUUUUGGCAAGCAUGAUGGGGUCACAUGGAUGAUCAGCAAUUUGAUGGGAAAUGACAUGAUGAUGAGAAAAUUGGUUCA